CACUGCUUGUCGGUGACCAUCGCAUGUCGUAAUUUUAAUUUACUAAAAAUAAAGUGCAAACAGCAACUAUGGCACAAAGCAGACUUGAGAAAAUCGGGACUAUCUUUACCAGGGUUCAGGGUCUGCUCCGUGGGGGUGCCAUGAAAACAGAGGACAAGCCAAUCUGGUAUGACGUCUACGCCGCUUUUCCACCCAAGGCGGAGCCCCGUUUCGACAGACCAGCUCCCGAGGUGCCAGUGCGCAACAUAUUCUAUGCUGAGGAUGUAGUAAGAGCGAAACUGCACAAGCAUAACAGGCCCAAUGAAACGAUAUCCCUGUUCGACAACAAGCGGAGUACACAGUCGCAGCAGUUUUUGCAGAUCUACAGCAACCUUAAGGCCCAGGGAGCCCUGGAUGAGCAGAGAAUAUACGAGACGGCAUUGGACUUUUUGGCGGAGCAGCGGCAGCAAUCCCGUCUUGACGCCACCACGGAGGAACCUGCUGUCGCAGGCACCGAUCUAGACGUAGAGACGAAAAGCCAGCUAAUGAGCGACUUCAUGGAGGCUGGCGGGCAGCAAGACAAGUUCUCAAGUCCGCCCAAAGAAAGGAAAAAGGACAGCGGCGUGGGCAUUAACAUAGGCAGCUUGUUCAAGGAUUAGUCGAAAUUGUUUAUAAACUAAAAAUAUAUGUAUGCAUACAUUUCAAA